CUUCUUCUUUCUCUUAUCUCAUUUUUUAUCAUGACUGAAGCCACUGUUCCUACUACUACUACUACUCCUACAACUGAACCUACUACUGAGCCUACCGCUGAAUCUACUGCCUCUACGGAGCCUCAAGCUGCUGAUAAGGGCGAGCCAGCUGAAGAAGUAGCCAGCCCUGAAGCUCCUGCCGAGGAACCAAAGAAAGAAUCCGAAGAAACACCUGCUGAAGAAGCCCCAGCCACUCCCAAGGCUUCCAUUUCCAAGCGCCGUACCAUCUUCAAUCCUUUCGGAAAGCCCAAGAAGGAAGAGGCUAAGAAGGAGGAAGCUAAGAAGGAAGACCACGAAGAGGCUGAAGCCCCCAAGGCUGAAUCCACUGCUGCAUCUACUCCUGCUGAAACCGCUGAGCAUAAAAAGAAGACCAAGGGAUUUUCUUUCUUUUCUAGAUCAAAGUCUGCUACCAAAGUAGAUGAAUCCGCUAAUGCCUCUGCUGCUGCUGAAUCAGAGCCUGUGUCUACUGAGUUACCUCAGAUCGAACAACUUCAACCCAUUGAAACUGAAGCUGUAACUGAAGCUUCAAAUGCUUCCAAGGAAGAACCCGUCAAGGAAGCCGUCAAGGAAGCCGCUGCUGCUGUAGAAGCUGAAGUCACCGAAGUUGCUGCUGAAAUAGAACAAGCUGCUACCCAUUUGGCUACUGCUACUGCCAGCAACAAGCGCCAAUCCUUUAUCAGUAAGAUUUUUGGUAAAAAGAAGCAUGAAGACUCCCCCAAGGAGGUAGUUGUUCAAGAAGCACCAGAGGAGCCUACCGUUGCUACCGAAGCUCCCAAUGCUGAAGUUCCCGCUACUGAAACACAAGAAUCAAACGAAGAAGAUAAAAAGGAAGAAGAAAAGAAGGAAGAAAAGAAGGAAGAAAAGAAGGAAGAAAAGAAGGAAGAAAAGAAAGAAGAAAAGAAAGAAAUUGGUCGUCCUUCUUCACCUUUAGGUCGUUUAACAGAAUUGUUCACAAAGAAGAACAAGAAGUCAAAGACUCCUGUUACAUCUGAGACAGCACCUGCCGCUCCUGCCAAAGACGAAGAAAAGAAAGAAGAAAAGGAAGAGACCAAGGAAGAAGUUAAAGAGGAAACAACAGAACAAGAUAAAUCUGAGACAGUUGAAACCAGUGCUACAUCAGAGACUGCUAAUUCAACCACAUCUCCUGCUGUUGUAGUUGCAUCUGCAUAAAUCUAUUAUUUGCAUACCUUUAUUUAACUUUUAUAAUCUUUUACUAGUAGAAAAUGACAUUUUAAUAUUCAUCAUUUCCAUUUUAUUAUAAAAUGUAGCUUCAAUAAACCUUUCACUCUUACCAUCUG